AUGGAGGUAAAUUUAUCUAGCAACUCAACGGCUACCUACAAUUUUGAAAACUGGCCAAACUCUUUGGCCGCAGCUCUCAUGUUUAUGAACUCAUUCAUUGGGCUUCCUCUAAAUUCAUCAAUUAUUUGCAAUUUUGUGGUUUGCAAGAAGCAGCGAACUGCGUUCAAUAUGAUUUGUGCUAUCCGAGCAGCAAACAACGUAUAUGUUCUACUUGUAGUUAUGAUUGGAGUUUAUGUUCCGGAGAGUUUGAUAGGGUUCUCAAUUUAUCCUCGCUCUGUUGAAAGCAUUAUUAUAAUAUUUGGAAUGAAUUUAUUGGUUUAUAACGAAUUUCAAAGUGUCUAUCUUUCAAUAAACCGAUUUUUCGCAAUGUUAUUUCCAUUGCGAUUUAACUGGCUAUUGAGUAUAAAAUUUACAUUGCUAUUACAUAUUUUAUGUUAUGGGAAUCGUUUCUGGAAUGUUAUCACUGAACAUCUUGACAGAAUCGAAAACUCAAACCAUAUAUCAUUUUCUGCCGAACACUUGGCUUACGGUGGCACGUUGGCAGCACCUGACUAUUUUUUUGAGUGGUCUGUGUUGUCAAUCAUCUUUCCACUUUUUAUCAAUGCAGUAACAUAUAUUCGUUUUUAUUAUUUGAAAAAGCGGACAAGUCGGGAGUCUCAACACCGGAGAAAAGCAAGGGAAAAUGUAGCACAGUUUUUUCAAACUGUUUUUCAAGACUCAUUGUUUUUCAUAAGUAGUACUUUUGGCUUGAAGUUGAAUACAAUUAUUGCACACCGAUUCUGGACGUUCUUCUGCUUUACAUUUGUGUGGCAAUUUAUUCAUGUUCUUGAUGGAUUCAUCAUGAUGAUGUUCAAUGCUCGCUUGUCCCCAAUGAAAAGAAGACUGAAAAUUAAUAUAAUCGAGACAAUUACAAAAUUUGAUACUCGAAAGGUUUUGCCAACUCGUACCUGGUCACCGCCUACUCCAAUAUCAUAAUUUUUACAUUUUGAAAUGUUUUAAAUAUCCAUCUAAAAAUUUUUGAUAAUUUGAAGAGUGGUAUUCAUCUUAAAUGUAUACUCCAUUAAUUAAACAUUAUAAGUCUCA